AGCUCCAGGACCAGGGUCGAGAUGGAUGUGUUCAUGAAAGGGUUGUCCAAAGCUAAAGACGGCAUGGCUAUCGCCGCGGAGAAGACUAAGGAGGGAGCUGCGCUGGCGGCGGAAAAGACCAAGGAAGGAGCCAUGUUUAUCGGCACCAAGGCCAAAGAUGGUGUUGGUUCAGCGAAGGACCUUGCUGGUGGAGCCAUGGGGAAUAUCGCUGCAGCCACCGGCCUGGGGAAGAAGGACGAGUUCCCAUCUGACAUGAACCCUGAGGAGUAUGGGCAGGAGGCCAUGGAAGGAGAGACACAAAGAGAUCAUCUGGAAGGAGAGACAUAUGACGAGAACCAGCAGGAGCAGGAGCAGGACUACGAACAAGAGGCAUAAAUCCACCAGUCCAGUUCUCCAUCCAACCAGCAGCACAAUACCGACAUGUAUUCAAACAAAAAGAACAGAUGCUGAAACUACGACAACAAAACAAAUCUAAUCCCGUUGCAAAAAAAAAAAAAUGUACAAAAUCCACAAACAAGAAUUCCACCUGAGACAAAACAUUCCUCCUCCUCUUCAAGACGAAUCUUUUCUGAUAAUCGAUGCUAUAUUGUAAAUGUCAUGUUACCGCUGUAAUGUGUUGGGUCGUGUAGUUGUUUCUUGAGGUGUAGAAGAGCCGCCCGCUGUCUCGAGUCUCGUUUCCUUGAUUCCCUCCCAAUGGAAACGAGACCCCCGGACCAGGCCUAUAUGGCUUGUGACCAUAGAAAUACGAUCCAUAGAACAGGCCUCCCCAUUCAAGACUGGACUCUAUUUCUAUGCGUGUGACUCUUUGUGUGUUUUCUGUAUUUAUAAAUGUGAGAUAAUAAUAGGUGUAUUUUUCUCAUCUUCCAACAACAACGUUGGGGGCGUUAGAAAAUAAUUAAUCCGAUUGCAGAUAUAGAUAUGACUACUACCAAUAACAUUCUAUAAGUGUGUACAAUGUCUGUUUGUGGGUUCUCUCUUUUGGAUUUACUUUUGGAGCACGUUUAUAUUAAUUUAAUGUAUUUUUAAGUCAGAGUUUUAUACAUUGUAUCUUUAUAGUUGCUUGUGAAAUCAUUCUUGGUGGAACUAUCUGUUAGAAAUGGAUAAACUACGUGUGUGUGUGUGUGUGUGUGUGUGUGUGUGUGUGUGUGUGUGUGUGUGUGUGUUUGUGUGUGUGUGUGUGUGUGUGUGUGUGUACUGAAGAUUUUAACAAGUUAAAGUCAAUAUAUUAUGUCUUGAAAUCAUAAUGGUUGUCAGAUCAAUAUGUGCUUUAAAGUGCAGGACUUGUCAAUAUAAAGGUUUAUGUGUCAAUGCAGACAAACUAACACACCUUCUGUAAAUAAAAACGUCAGAAAAAAGAAACUAA